AUGGGCCCCAUCGACAUAGGUAGCCCUGCCAUCACUGCAGAAAAUGUCCGCGAGCUCUUUCCAGAUGUCGAAGCCCUGUCCGUGGUGUCCCCAGCAAGUUGUGGCGUAUCAGCAGCCGAAAGCGGGGACUUCGAAGGCUACGAUGAAGAACAGGUACGAAUGAUGGAUGAAGUUUGUAUCGUUCUAGAUGUCGACGACGAGCCGAUUGGACGGGUCAGCAAAAGAGACUUCUACAUCGCGCAUUUUCCUCGUGCCGAUAAGAAGGUUACCUUCCCCAUGAUGUGGACGAACACUUGCUGUUCUCAUCCCCUUGAUAUUCCCGACGAGAGAGGUACGGACUUCGGGAGUGCGAUAUUAGGAGUAAAAAGGGCGGCACGGAGGAAAUUGGGGCAGGAGCUGGGCAUCAGGCCUGAACAAGUCCCACUUGAGGAUUUUCAAUUUUUGACCCGUGUGCAUUAUAAGGCACCAAGUGAUGGAAAGUGGGUGGACUACAUUCUUUUCAUUCAAGCAGAUGUAGACCUUGCGGUUAAUCGAAACGAGGUGCAAGACGUUCGCUGGGUGUCACCUGAGGACCUCAGGAACAUGUUCGCCACGCCAGGUCUGCAAUACACUCCAUGGUUCAAAUUAAUAUGCGAUUCAUUGCUGUUCAAGUGCAAUUAUCGCGGUCCAUUGCCAGUGCUCGACAGCUGCUUGUUAUUGGUGUGA